CUGCCAUGGCGGAGCCGUCGGGGCCGUUCGGAGUUCUGCGGGACGGUGCGGACCGCUACCUCUGCUACUGCCGCCCCGCGUCUGGCCCCGGCUCGGCCGCCACCGUCUAUGUGACCGACGCGCUGGAGAUGUGGGCCGCGCGGUUCGGCGGGGAUUCGCCGGAGGACGGCUUCGCGGAGCUCAGGGCAGCGCUGGGCCGCGGGGCCGUAUCUCUGGGGCUGCGGGACGGGGCGGCCACGCUGCGGCUGCGGGAGGGGCAGGAGGCGCUGCUGCUUCCCCGGCUGCCCGCUGCCGAGGCGCGGCCGCAGCUCCAGGCGCUGCUGUUCGCCAUGGCCGCCCGCGUCCGGGACCUGGAGGAGCGCUUGGAAGUGCUGGGCACGCUGAGCUACAGCCCUGAGAAGAACGCCCUCCAGAGCCAGCAGCCCAUCCUGCCAGACCCGAGCCCCAGAAAGAACAGGGCUGCUGGCUCUGCUUUGCCAGUAAAGAGAAAGAUCCCGGGAGAGUCCCUCAUUAACCCUGGCUUCAAAAGCAAGUCUGUUCCAUCUGGAGUGGACUUUGAAGACUCAUGACCUGCGCUGUUCCAUCCUCCCAACAGCAGCCUUGUCAUCCACGUGUGGCCACUGAGGUCUGCCUGCACCAUGCUGCUCUGCAGGUGCAAUGCAUGCAGGGCUGGGUUGCCUGGGGCAGGCGGCACCGGCUGGUCCUGGUGGGCAGCAGCUCCUGGGCUGUGCUGGGGCACACUCUGGGGGCAGGCGAGGCAGCGGUGACAAAGUGGUGGCUUUUCGCCCUGCAGCUUUUCCCUGCUGACAGGUGCCACCCCUCUGCCCCACUUGCUAUGAGUUGCUGGGGUUUUUAAAAGAAUAUCAAAAGAUAUUUUUUAAAGGUUGUCUGUGCUUAACUUAUUGCCAGUAAAGCUCAUUUCUGGUUUUGGCCAGCAGGUCUGGGUACCCGGCCAGCGUGA